AUGAUGAUGAAAAGUGGCGCAUGGAUUUGUAGGGGAUUUGUUUCUGCCUCGAGACCGUCCCACCGAGCUGUGAAAAUUGAUAAAGAGACGUGCAGUAAGAUAAUAGAAUCGGCAGAAACUGUGAAAGAUGGGACAAAAGAGGUGGUUGGUGAAGUCAAGCGUAUGACACGGAUCGUUUCAGAAAAGGUCGCCAAUGUUGCUGGAAAUAUGGUCGCGGAUGUGGCGGACAAGGGAAUCGAGAAGGCGUCUGAAAAUGCAGAGACCAAAAAAGGGAAAGAUGUUCUUGACACCGCUAAGGCUGUCACGGAAGCUUACAAAGAAAGAAUCAAGGAUAAAUAG